AUGGCUUCAACUUGGCAGAAAACUCAGGAAUUCUACAACUGGGUCCUUGAAAGUGAAGUUAGGAGACUUCAGAUCUCUAUUGCUUUUCUUUUGUUUCAGUUUCCAGUAAUUUCAAUCUUGGAUGACUACAGCUACCUGUGCCAGCCAGUGGAUGACAGCAGAAGUGAACUAAGAAUGAGGCAGAUGGCAAGAGUGUGUUGGUGGUUCUUCUCCAAAGUCAUUGAGCUGCUUGAUACGGUUUUCUUUAUUCUGCGCAAGAAACAAGAACAGGUGACAUUUCUGCACAUGUACCGUCAUGGCACUAUGCUGUUCAGCUCAUUCGGGGUGAAAUAUGUGCCUGGAGGACAAGCCUUCUUUAUUUGGAUGCUAAACUCCUUUGUACACAUCUUCAUGUAUGGCUAUUAUGCCCUGACCAGCCUGGGACCACAGAUGCACCGUUACCUGUGGUGGAAGCAUUACCUAACCAUCAUACAGCUGUGCCAGUUUGUAGCCAAUGCUGGUCAUUCUUCCUACAGCCUCUUCACAGAAUGCCUGUUCCCUGAUGUCUUCAACACUGCAGUUUUCCUCUACAUUCUCAGCCUCAUUGCUCUCUUCCUACACUUCUGCUAUCAGACCUACACUAGAGGAAAGCAGGACAAGCUAACUUGA